CCGGGGGCGGGGCGCGGGGGGCGGGCCAAUCGGCGGCCGCCUGGCGCGACCCCGCGGGGCGCGAUCCGCCCCCCUCGCUCGGGCCCCGGCCCCGCGCGGCGCGCUCUUCACUUCGUGGGGGCUUUUUAAAACAGCGCCACCGGGGUCUCCUCCAUGCGGCUCGGGCUAUGACAGCCUCCGUGCUCCUCCACCCCCGCUGGAUCGAGCCCACCGUCAUGUUCCUCUACGACAACGGCGGCGGCCUCGUGGCCGACGAGCUCAACAAGAACAUGGAAGGGGCGGCGGCGGCGGCGGCGGCGGCCGCGGCGGCGGCGGCGGCCGGGGCCGGGGGCGGGGGCUUCCCCCACCCGGCAGCCGCGGCCGCGGGGGGCAACUUCUCGGUGGCGGCGGCGGCGGCGGCGGCGGCGGCCGCGGCGGCCAACCAGUGCCGCAACCUGAUGGCGCACCCGGCGCCCCUGGCUCCCGGCGCCGCGGCCGCCUACAGCAGCGCGCCCGGCGAGGCGCCCCCGUCGGCCGCCGCCGCCGCCGCCGCCGCCGCCGCCGCUGCCGCCGCCGCCGCCGCCGCCUCGUCCUCGGGAGGCCCCGGGCCGGCGGGCCCGGCGGGCGCCGAGGCGGCCAAGCAGUGCAGCCCCUGCUCGGCGGCGGCGCAGAGCUCGUCGGGGCCCGCGGCGCUGCCCUACGGCUACUUCGGCAGCGGCUACUACCCGUGCGCCCGCAUGGGCCCGCACCCCAACGCCAUCAAGUCGUGCGCGCAGCCCGCCUCGGCCGCCGCCGCCGCCGCCUUCGCGGACAAGUACAUGGACACGGCCGGCCCGGCGGCCGAGGAGUUCAGCUCCCGCGCCAAGGAGUUCGCCUUCUACCACCAGGGCUACGCGCCCGGGCCUUACCACCACCACCAGCCCGUGCCCGGCUACCUGGAUAUGCCCGUGGUGCCCGGCCUCGGGGGCCCUGGCGAGUCGCGCCACGAGCCCCUGGGGCUCCCCAUGGAAAGCUACCAGCCCUGGGCGCUGCCCAACGGCUGGAACGGCCAAGUGUACUGCCCCAAAGAGCAGGCGCAGCCUCCCCACCUCUGGAAGUCUACUCUGCCCGACGUGGUCUCUCACCCCUCCGACGCCAGCUCCUACCGGCGGGGCAGGAAGAAGCGCGUCCCUUACACCAAGGUGCAAUUAAAAGAACUCGAACGGGAAUACGCUACAAACAAAUUCAUUACCAAGGACAAACGGAGGCGCAUAUCGGCCACCACGAAUCUCUCCGAGCGGCAGGUUACAAUCUGGUUCCAGAACAGGAGGGUCAAAGAGAAAAAAGUCAUCAACAAACUGAAGACCACCAGUUAAUGGAUUAAAAAGUGGAGAAAGAAGGCGACUUGAAGAGAUGCUUCGGAACUCGUGGCUUUACCCAGAUCAUGAUUAUAACGCUUAAUAAUAAUUGAAGAAUGGGAAAGAGAAAGAAAGACGCUGGCAUUUCGCUUUCCUGAUGGGGGGAAUCUCUUUCUCCUUGGUGGAAUCAACUAUCUUAAAAGUGUAAGCAAUGGUAAAGACUGCCAGUUCUUCCGCCAACCUCACCAGACCAUUAAAUGACAAACUCUGGUGUCACAUGUCAACCCCCAAAUAUGCAUUUUCAGAUAAAUUACGCAUUUACUGAAAUCUUGUAAGUAUUUAUGUGACCGUUAUAUUUUAGGACAUUAUGUUAUAUGGUAAUAAUCCGAAAACUGGUUACAAAAGCAGGAGGCUAUUGUAAACAUCUGCUCGUCCUUCAACAUUGCCAUCCCCUUUGCAUGUUAAGUGACGGCUCAGGUAAAUCUUAGUUGAAACCCUACCGUUGUUAUAUAUUCUGCAGAAUACGCCGUGUAUAGAUUUGGAGGGGGAAAGAGAAGGUACUGAGAUGAUGACUGUGGACUGUUUUCCAUGAAGGGAGAUAGGGAGAGAAAAGCUCUUCCAAGGAGCAUGUGUGUUGGUAGUCGUGCAACCAGCUGAGCCUUUGAGGCGGUAAAGGAACCUGCGUUUGGAAUGUCCUUCUGAUAAUAAUCUUUUAUUUGCUUAUCACAAGCAUAUUUUGUAGCAUUUCAACUAUGUUUUCUGCCCUGAUAGAAUUUACUUUCCAAAGGAUUUGACCUCAUUUGAAAAAAAUAUUCAAAGCAUCAGACAAUUCACAGAAUUCACUUAAUGUCAGAUCUUGAGAUCUAAGAGCUGCCACCCGAACAUGGCGGACUUGGGUUUUAAAUAUAAUCUUUUUUUUUUUUUUCAUUUAAAUUGCUGUUUUCCCAAUAUUGACUAAAGAUAUUGCAGACAAAAUGAUUUUUCUUUUUUUGGAAAACUUGGAAUGAAAUCCAUUACCCUGAAACAUUUAGAUGUUUACAUGCUAUAUUGUGAUCUGUUAAGGGAUUCAUAGUUUUUCCUUGUUUAUUGUGUUAUGAGACCGCAUUAGAAAGUUUAGGAAUUCAUCCUCACAGCACACUUUUAAUCAAGCAGUUAUUUCAGUCAGCACAGUCAUUUGUUCAUAGUCACUAUAAAAUGCUAUCUUGUAAAUAAAGACAUUCAGCACACUGUGAAAAUGUAUUUGUGCACCUGCUUUCCAAAUAUUUCAACUAAAAAUAGUAAUUACAAAA